UUAGCUCACCUGUCACAAAGUGACAGGGUGAGCUUUUGUGAUCGCUUUUCGUCCGGCGUCCGUCCGUCCGUCCGUCCGUCGUCCGUCGUCCGUCCCUAAACUUUUACUUUAAAUGACAUCUCCUCAUAAACCACUAAGCCAAUUUCAUCCAAACUUCACAGGAAUGUUCCUUUGGUGGUCACCUUCAAAAAUUGUUCAAAGAAUUUAAUUCCAUGCAGAACUCUGGUUGCCAUGGCAACCGAAAGAAAAAACUUUAAAUAUCUUCUUUUAAGAAACCAUAAGAGCUAGAGCUUAGAUAUUUGGCAUGAAACAUCUUCUAGUGAGUGUCUACCAAGUUUGUUGAAAUAAAAGCGCUGGGGUCAAAAUUGGCCCCGCCCCGGGGGGUCAUUGAUUUUCCCUAUAUGCAUAUAGUAAAAACUUAAAAAAUCUUCUUUUAAAGAACCCAAAGAGCUAGAGCUAAGAUAUUUAGCAUGAAACAUGUUUUAAUGGGUGUCUACCAAGUUUCUUCAAAUAAAAGCCCUGGGGUCAAAAUUGGCUCCGCCCCGGGGGGUCAUUGAUUUUCCCUAUAUGCAUAUAGUAAAAACUUAAAAAAUCUUCUUUUAAAGAACCCAAAGAGCUAGAGCUAAGAUAUUUAGCAUGAAACAUGUUCUAAUAGGUGUCUACCAAGUUUGUUCAAAUAAAAGCCCUGGGGUCAAAAUUGGCCCCGCCCCAGGGGGUCAUUGAUUUUCCCUAUAUGCAUAUAGUAAAAACUUAAAAAAUCUUCUUUUAAAGAACCAAAAGAGUUAGAGCUAAGAUAUUUAGCAUGAAACAUGUUCUAAUAAGUGUCUACCAAGUUUGUUCAAAUAAAAGCCCUGGGGUCAAAAUUGGCCCCGCCCCGGGGGGUCAUUGAUUUUCCCUAUAUGCAUAUAGUAAAAACUUAAAAAAUCUUCUUUUAAAGAACUCAAAGAGCUAGAGCUAAGAUAUUUAGCAUCAAACAUGUUCUUAUAGGUGUCUACCAAGUUUGUUCAAAUAAAAGCCCUGGGGUCAAAAUUGGCACCGCCCCGGGGGUCAUUGAUUUUCUUUGUAUGUGUAUAGCAAAAACUUAAAAUCUUCUUUGAAAAAACCCAAAUAGCUAGAGUUAAGAUAUUAAGCAUGAAACAUCUUCUAGUAAGUGUCUACAAAGUUUGUUCAAAUAAAAGCCCUGGGGUCAAAACUGGCCCGGCCCCAGGGGUGUCAUUGUUUUUAACUAUAUGUGUAUAGUAAAAACUUAAAAAAAAUCUUCUUUUAAAAAGCCCAAUGAGCUAGAGCUUAGAUGUUUAGCAUGAAACAUCUUCUUAUGGGUGUCUACCAAGUUUGUGCAAAUAAAAGCCCUUGGGUUAAAUUGGCCCUGCAACGUUGGGGGGGGGGGGGUGGUUGGGGGGGAUCAAGUUUGUUUAAAUAAAAGCCCUUGGGUCAAAAUUAAAGACUUUUAAGUCACCUGUCACAAAGUGAUGAGUUGAGCUUUUGUGAUCUAAAUUCGUCUGGCAUCAGUCUUAAACUACAUCUCCUCAUAAACAGUUAACCCAAUUUCAACCAAACUGUCACCUUUGAAAAUUGUUCAAUAAAUUGAAUUCCGUGCAGAAGUCUAGUUGCCAUGGCAAUGGAAAGAACUAACUUUAAAAAUUUUCUUUGGCUAGAGCCUUAAUAUUUGGUGUGUAUUAUUGUCUAGUGGUUCUCUACCAAAAUUGUUCAAAGUAUCCCACUUGGGUAAAAAAUUAUGACCCCGACACAGGAUCACUGUUCUACAUAGACUCAUGUAAGAAAAAACUUCUCCAAAUCCACUAUGCCUAUUUAAAUAUUAGGUGUGUAUCAUCCUGUAGUCUGUACAAAAGUUGUUGAAAUUUUUCCCUUGGGUCAAAAAUGUCACCACCCUGGGGGUCACUAGUUUUAUUACAUAAUGUUAUAUAGUAAAUCUUUAAAAAUCUUCUUGUCUGAUAAUGUAGCUUAGGCGUAGUGCUUAGAUACUUGGUAUAAAUCAUUAUCUAUUAGUCCUCUACUGACCUCUAAUUAUACCCUCACAAACAAAGUUGGGGGGGGGGGCAUAUAGGAGUCCUUGAACGCAUGAUAUGGAAUUUCUAGAUUAAUCACUAAAUCCGCUAGAUGGAUAUUCAUCAACUUUGGUUUGAAGUAUUCUUGCAUUUUGUUCUUGCAAUUCGUUUAAUUUCAUAAUUUUGUUUGGAUCCCUUUAGGGGCUGCCAUAGCUAAAAAUAGUAAAUGAAAAUUAUUCUUGUAAAUUUCUAGAUAGAUAUUCACUAAAUGAUAUAUAUGUUAUUUGCUCUCUUUUGUUUCCAUAUUUGCAUAUUGAUGGGACAGUACAGAGAUACUGAAUGGCUUACAUAUUAGUGCAUAAUCCAAUUAACGAGUUGAAAAGAAGUGACCAACCUCACCAAAAAUGUGCCAUUGAUGAAAACCAGUUUUCAUAAUUAUAAAUUUCAUUUAAAUAAUCAUAAAAUCAUUCUUACAUGAUAAGAUGAUAUUUACUCAUUUCAUGCUUAGUUGAUCAGAUUUGAUCCUAAAAUAUUCAUCAGUGAGUUAAGAGGGUCUCUUACAAUGGAAAUGUAACCACCUGGCUGAUCAGUGAUGCUUGUGCUUAUAUUGUCUUUCUUACACCAUUUACUUUUUGAUUCAAUUGAAAAUGUAAAAUAAAAGAAAUAUUCAUUAUUUUUGCACAUAUUUUAGUAUUAAAAGAGUUUUACAAACAUGUAGGAAGGUGAUUGAAAGAACAAUUGUGAUAGAUAUUAUUUAAAUAAAGUUUAACAGAACAUAAAUUGUAUAUCUAAAAUAAGUAUCUUGUGUGUCUUCUGUACCAGGUAGGUGUAAUAUAUUAUAUUUUUCAUAGUAUCGUCCCAUUGGACACAAACAUUUAUAGAAGAGACUAUUUGAAAGAUAACCGUAGAUAAACAAUAUUUAUUGACAAGACUUUUUGUGAAAUAACAUUGUGAUAUAUAACAGAGACAACAUAUUUGUGAUUGUGCAUUGUGCUUGUGAUAUGUGAUACAUUGUGACACUUAUAGUGCUAGUGACAUUUAAUACCUUGUGACAUAGUGACAUUUAAUACCUUGUGACAUAAGGUUGUGACACUCUAGUGUUUCUGAAAUUACAAAGUGCUUCUGCCACAUCGUUGUUUCAUUGGAAACUGUUAGAACUGCUCCAGUGGUAGCUUUCCAGCAUAGGAAAGUUAGACAUGCCACUCAGUAAAGCAUGGAAGAAGGCAAAGGCCAGGAGGGCAAUAUUGGUAACGAGGGAGCAGACGUUGGCAGAAGAUCCUGAUGUAGUCCCUGUCAUAAGUCCCGUCAUUAUUCCGGCAGACAGGGCCCCAUCAGCACCUGUCAUAGGUCCGGUCAUCGUGCCGGCAGACAUGGUCGCUGGGGCAACUGAUGUAGGUCCAGUCAAUUUGACGGCAUUCAGAGCCCAAAAAGCACCUGAUAUAAGUCUGGUCAGUGCACGAGCUUUCAGGGCGCUUGCAAGUCCGUCCAUCAGUACGGCAAACACAAAACAAAACUCAAACAAAACAAAUGCUAUAUAUUCCGAAAUGGAACAAAUAUUAUCUCAAAACUCAAAUUUGAAUCAAAGAAUAUGCAAUACUUCUUCUGCAAUCGAAAAAGAACAAAGCAAACUUGUGAAUAAGUCUUAUGAGUCAUAUUGCACUGGUAUGCCCUUCAGCUGCUUGUCGUUAGUAUUUGGUUCUUUCAGUCAAGCAAAUAAUAGAUUUUCUAUUCAAACUAGAGGUAGUCAAUGUACUAUUAACUCAUUAUGUGCUUUGAUAUAUUCAAAAUAUUCUGAUUUGAUAACAACAGAAAAUAUUGAUGAGGUCUUAAACAUUGGAGACGAGCUGUACAGGAAUGUUGUUAAUAAUUUAAAACAACUUGGUAGAUUUAAGCAUCGAUUGUUAAGUCUUGAUGAAAUGCCUGAUCAAGUGAAUGUUUUGUCCAAAGUUGUACAAAUAAGAAAAGGAAACAUUGUAUCAGGAUUGACUAUUCAGCAUUUCGGAGAUACAGACUUGCCAACUUUACAUCAAGCCUUGUAUGCAACAUUUCAAAGAGCAAACCAUGCAUUGGUCAUGAUUGGAUCAAUUUGUUCUGCGGUGUUUCUUAAAGAUGAAGAGUUUUGGCUGUUUGAUUCACAUUCACAUGGAGAAUAUGGACUGUCAGAUGUUGAUGGAAAGUCUGUAUUGAUGUCAUUUCAUAAACUUGAAAACCUUGUCACAUUUAUGUAUGCUAUGUAUGAAAGUGCAAAUAUUGAUAUAAUGAGCCAAUAUGAAAUAUUGCCUUUAAACUUUAAUGUAGUUCAAUGCACUUCACAAUACCAUAAUAUGUACAUUAACAAUCAGCAGAAAAUAACUGAUAUCAGCAAAACUGAUGCUGAUGAUGUUUGGCAAACAGUUUCUUACAAAAAGCAAAAGAAAUCCACUAACUUUUCUGUCAUGCCAAGAGAUGAACAAUUAUGUGAAGUAGUUAAAAAAAACAUUAAGCAACAGUCUAUUGACCAUAAAGUAAAAGAAAGGACAUAUAGCUAUCCUGCAGUUGGGCUUAAGACAAAAGUAAAAAAUGAUACAAUAUUGAUUGGGAAGUACUUUAAACACCAAUACCAAAAACAGCAACAGAAGAAUAAAGAAGGAGAAAGUGAUAGAAAAGCCUACAUGAGACUGUACAUGCAAAAGCGAAGGCAAAGUGAUCAAUUCAAAGUAAAAGAUAAAGAAUUCACUUUAAAGUCAAAGCGAAAAGCAAGGUCAGACGAAGCAUUCAAACAAAAAGAAAUUCAGAUACAAAAUAAAUCUAAAAAAAAGGCAAGGUCAGAUCCACUUAUUCUAGAGCAAGAGAAAAUAGCUAAACAAGAAUCUCGAAAAUGUCCCAAAUACAAGCAUAAAGAAUUGCAAAUACAAAAUAAAUCCAAACAAAAGGCAAGGUCAGAUCCACUUAUUUUAGAGCAAGAGAAAAAAGCUAAACAGGAAUCUCGAAAAUGUCCAGAAUACAAGCAUAAAGAAAUGCAAAUACAAAAUAAAUCCAAACAAAAGGCACGGACAGAUAAAGCAUUUAAACAAAAAGAAAUACAGGUUCAAAAUAAGUCCAAAAAAAAGGCACGGUCAGAUCCACUUAUUUUAGAGCAAGAGAAAAUAGCUAAACAGGAAUCUCGAAAAUGUCCAGAAUACAAGCAUAAAGAAAUGCAAAUACAAAAUAAAUCCAAACAAAAGGCACGGACAGAUGAAGCAUUUAAACAAAAAGAAAUACAGGUUCAAAAUAAGUCCAAAAAAAAGGCACGGACAGAUGAAGCAUUUAAACAAAAAGAAAUACAGGUUCAAAAUAAGUCCAAAAAAAAGGCACGGUCAGAUGAAGCAUUUAAACAAAAAGAAAUACAGGUUCAAAAUAAGUCCAAACGAAAGGCACGGACAGAUGAAGCAUUUAAACAAAAAGAAACUGAUGUACAGAAUAAAUCAAAACGAAAGGCAAGAUUAAAUCCAUAUACAUUAGAAAAAGAAAGAGUUGCUAAGCAACAGCGGAGAUUAGAUGAAAGAAACAAAAGCAAAGAAAAAAUACUAGAUUGUAAAAGAAAAUCUGAAAAACGUAAAAAUCCAUUAUUUUCAGAAGCAGAAAAGGUAACUGCAAAACGAAAAAAAAGUGGUAAUGAUAUAGAAGAGUGUAUUGCGAAAUUCCAUCAAAACAUACAAGAAGGUCCCAUCUAUGUUUGUAGUUCAUGCCACCAGACGUGGUUUAAGGAAUCUGUAUCAGAGGUCCUUACUUUUACUUGUAAAGACAAAAAUAAGUACAUAACUGGUCUUAAGUCAGUAGCUGAAAAAGAAUGGAUAUGUGUUACAUGUAAGCAUAAUAUUAAAAAGGGGACAUUACCUAAAUUGUCAGUUUUGAAUGGAAUGGAAUGGCCAACAAAACCAAAAGAAUUGGAACUGUUUCCUCUUGAAGAACGCUUAAUAGCAUUACGUAUUCCAUUUAUGCAAAUUAGAGAACUACCAAGGGGGCGUCAGUUAUCUAUAAAAGGGAAUGUUGUGAAUGUUCCAGUUGAUAUCCAACCAGUUGUUAACACUCUACCAAGACCCAUGAAUGAAAACAUUACUGUAGCUGUGAAAUUAAAAAAAAAGAUGUCUUUUCAGUCAUGUGCAUUUUCUGAAAAUGUUCGGCCACUUCGAGUACUUAUUGCUUUACAUUGGUUGAUGAACAAAAGCAAUCUUUAUAAAAAUGCAAAUAUUGACAUUGAUGAGCAGUGGAUAAAGGAUGUUACAGAAAACAGUAAUGAAGUCAUAAAUGAAUUUUUCGAGUCAAAAGUAACAUCUGAAAUCGUGCCAGAGUGUGACACUGAUAACAAUGUAGAUGCAUUGAAUAAUUCUCGUUGUUCGAGUGAUAAUGCCUCACAUGUAUUGCACAAAUAUUUUGAGGAAAAUAUUAAGCUAUGUAAAACACUGGGCACUGUUGACUUUGAAGACUGUGUUGGUGAAGUUAUUGACUGUGCAAAAGUAAAGAAUGCUGAAAAUAAAAGUUCUCAUUCAGCACUAGAAGAUUUGUAUGACUCUGAUGCUGAAGAAGUUACUAAUGAAAAUGUUGGAAAUAUUGACACUCUUUUAGAUGAUGCAGAUAUUGAAAACAGACAUGCUACUUUUACAUUUGCACCUGGUGAGGGUCAGCGACCACUUAGUAUUUUUCAAGAUAAAGAUUCAGAGUAUCUGUGUUUCCCUAGCAUAUUUUGCGGUCAAAGGCGAAUUGAUAAUGAACACAGAAAAGUACCAGUUAAUUAUAGUGACAUUGCUAAGUGGGAACUUCGAAGUCAAGAUAGACGUGCAGCAAACAGUGUGCCUAACAUAUUUUUUAAGUUAAAAAAAAUACAGAUGAAGCAAUUAAAUGACAAGUCAAAUUUAGCUGUUAGAAGAAUUCAGACUGGUACAAACAAAUUAACUGCUGCCCAGGCAAGAAAUGGGGAAUGCAUGGAUACAAUUGUAAAGAAUGAUCAAGGUUACUAUUUGUUCAAACAGCUGAGAAACAGUCCAGCUUACUUAGAAUCCAGAAAGAAAGAUGUUUAUGCAAUGCUAAGACAGUUAGGUAUACCAACUUGGUUUAUGUCCUUGUCUUCUGCUGAUACCAGAUGGACAGAUCUUCUUAAAAUCCUUGCAAAUCUAAAUCAAAAAGAUAAGUACAGCGAUGAACAAAUAGAAAACCUAACUUGGGAGCAAAAGAUAAAAAUGAUUCAGUCAGAUCCAGUUACUUGUUCAAGGUUUUUUGACCAUAGAGUUCAAGAGUUUAUAAAUACUGUUCUUAAAAGUGAUCAUAAUCCAUUAGGUAAAGUGACAGAUUAUUUUUAUAGAGUUGAAUUCCAACAACGUGGAUCUCCGCAUAUUCAUAUGAUUGUGUGGGUAAAAAGUGCUCCAAAAUUAAAUGUAACCUCAAAUGAAGAGAUAGCAGCAUAUGUGGACCAGUACUUAAAAUGUUCAAUUAACAAUGAAUUUGUGGGGGCAUUGGUAGACAUCCAAAUCCACAAACAUUCAAGAACGUGUAGAAAAAAACAAGAUCGAAUAUGCCGAUUUGGUUAUCCAUUACCACCUCUGCCAAAAACAAUGGUGUUAUUUCCUCUUGAAAAUGACAUGGAUAAAUAUCUCAAACAGUAUGAAAAAAUCCAGAAAAAAAUGAAUGAUCAGAAAGAUGGAUACAAUAUGUCUUUUGAGAAAUUUUUGUCAGAUAUUGCACAGAUGAAUGAGGAUGAUUAUAUCAAAUGCAUUAGAAGCUCAUUAAACUCUCCCAAGGUGUUUUUGAAAAGAAAUCCAAAUGAGAUAGGUGUAAAUUUAUACAAUGAUGUAGUAUUGAAAGCAUGGAAAGCAAAUACUGACAUACAAUUUGUCUUGGAUCCAUAUGCUUGUGCCAUGUAUAUUGUUUCAUAUAUAAGUAAAUCCCAACGUGGUAUGAGUAAUCUUAUGUAUGCUGCUGCAAAGGAAGCAAGAAAUGUCAACCUAGAUAUAAAAAGGCAAGUAAGACACAUUGGAAAUAUGUUUUCAAACAGUGUUGAAGUGAGUGCACAGGAAGCAGUCUAUCUAGUUUUGCAAAUGCCCUUGACCAAAAGUACAAGAGACGUUGUAUUUAUAAAUACUUCUGUACCAAACCAAAGAGUACAAUUGUUAAAGUCAAAGUCUGCUCUUGAUGAGUUGCCUGCAGACUCAACUGAUAUCAUGUCAGAUAACAUCAUAAAAAGAUAUUCAAAACGUCCAAAGGCUUUAGAUAACUAUUGCUUAGCUGAUUAUGUGUCACAGUUAGAAGUGAUUUACCCAGAUGAUAAGGAAGAUAGAAGUAAUUCAGAACAAAAUGAUGAUGAGAAACAUGAUGAAAUAUCAGGAGAUGAAUAUUUUGAUGAUUGCCAAAACAUUUGCGUACUGAAAAGUGGUAUAAAAAUCAGAAGACGCCGUAAUUCAAAAAUCAUAAGGUAUGUAAGAUUUAAUCGUAAAACAGAUGAAGAAAACUAUUAUAGAGAAAAACUACUUCUCUUUUAUCCCUGGAGAAAUGAAGAGAGAGAUUUACUUGGACACUUUGCAACACACAAAGAAAAGUAUGAAUCAGUCCAAAAUGCUGUAAAUGAAAAAUGUGCAUGUUAUGAACAUCAUGUUGAUGAGUUAGAAUUAGCAAGAAAUAUGGCUGAAGAAGAAUACAAUGCAUAUGAUGAAAUUGCUCCUGGAACUCAGCAAGAAGAAGCAGAAACUGCUGAAGAAGAACCAGUAGAGUCAGAAACAUUUAUCUAUUUCAAUCCAGAUAGAGUAAGUGAACAAAGAGAAUAUGACAUUGGCAUAGAAAUUGGUUGUUCCAUUUCAUCUGCACAAAUAAGUUCUAAUGAAAAUAUUUUAUCAGAUGAAGAGUACAGAGCUCUUCUGCGUUCGUUGAACUCAAAACAGAAAGAGUUUUACAAUCAUGUUGUUCACUGGAUAAAAACUAAAGAUGCACCUUUAUAUACAUUUCUUUCUGGUGGUGCUGGUGUUGGUAAAAGUGUUGUUAUAAGAGCAUUGUAUCAAACACUAUAUAGAAUGCUUAAUUUGAAAGAAGGAGGAAACUCUGAUGAUGUAAGGGUGCUCUUGUGUGCAUAUACUGGAAAAGCGGCUUUCAAUAUAAAUGGCUCUACUAUUUCGUCCGCAUUUAAGCAGAAGUACAAACAGUCUGAUCAAACAUUAACAUGUGACAGCUUGAACACAUUCAGAUCCAAAUAUCGAGAUUUAUCUGUUGUCAUAAUUGAUGAAAUUUCAAUGGUUAGUAAUACUAUGAUGAGCUUCAUAAAUCAGAGACUGCAAGAAUUAAAAGGCACUCGCAAACCAUUUGGAGGUGUAAGCAUUAUCGCAGUGGGAGAUUUAUUCCAGUUAAAACCUGUAAAUGGUGAUUGGAUAUUUAAUGAUUUAAGUCAUGAUGCUGCAUCUUUGUCCAUGAACUUAUGGAAAGAACUGUUUCUUAUAUACGAGUUAUCAGAAGUAAUGAGACAAAAGGAUGAUUUACCAUUUGCAGACUUAUUAAACAGGCUGAGAAUUAACUCACUGACAACAGAAGAUAAAAUGGUUAUUAAAGGUUGUGAAGUUGAAUCCAGUGCUAAGAAUUAUCAAUUAAACUCCCCACAUCUAUUUGCUGAAAACUAUUACAUGCAUAUUUUCAAUGAUACACUGCUAAACAGUUCAAACAAUCAAAAAGUGUCCAUUCUUUGUCAUGAUUCUGUUGUUUCACCAAAAUUAUCAAAGGAUAAACAAGAAGAGGCUAUCAAAAGAUUGCCCACUGAUCCAAACAGAACUGCUAAUCUUCAUUGUUCAUUGGAUAUUGUUAUAGGGAUGUUGUAUGAUUUAACUGUCAAUACAAAUACUGAAGAUGGCCUUGCAAAUGGUGCGUCAUGUGUUGUAAAGUUCAUAGAGUAUAAACUGAAGGAAACACAACGUCCUAGUAUCAUAUGGGUUCAAUUUGUGGAUUUGAAAGCUGGUUGUGGAACUAGAUUAAAAUAUAAAAGUCGAGGCUUUUAUCAUGAACAAAUAAAUGAAAAUUGGACACCAACAUUUGAUAUCACAAGGACCUUUACAUAUAACAAAAAAACUUUUGAAAGGAUCCAGUUUCCAUUACAACCUUCUGCUGGGAGAUCAGUUCAUAGAGCACAAGGAACAACACUUGAUAGUGUCGUGAUUGACUUAUCCCAAAGAAAAACACGAAAAGUUCCUCACCUUCAUUAUGUUGCAUUAAGUAGAGUACGGUCUUUAGAAAAGCUUCAAAUUCUCAAUUUUAAUGAGCAGGCUUUACAAGUUGAUGAAAAAGUUAAAACAGAAAUGGAGAGAUUGCUUAAAGAUGCUUCUCUAGAAUUGUGUUAUGUUCCCUUGGAAUCUAUACAUUUAUUUUCAAAAAUGGAUUUUAAAAUCGCAUUCAACAAUUGUAGGUCAUUAAACAAGCAUUUCAUUGAUGUGAAACAUGAUCAAGGAUUGUUGUCUUGUGAUAUUAUUGGAUUGGCAGAAACUAGAUUACAUGAAAAUGAUAAUGAUACUUCUUAUCAGAUACAGGGAUACCAUUUAAUACGCAAUGACCAGUGUACUGCAUCAACAUCUGAAAGACCUCCACAUGGGUUACUUAUUUAUGUCAAAGCUGAUGUAUUAGUAAAAUCUGCAGACCGCUUUAGCUCCCAAAAUUUUGAAUUUGUUCUUCUGAAUGUUGCAAGAGAAUUAAGUGAAAUGCAAGUUGUAGUAUUGUAUAAAUCACCAAAAAUGUCAGAUUCUGCUUUUCGCACUAUGCUGACAGAGAAACUCUUUCCACAUUUGGUACCUCAUAAGCCUUUAGUUAUUCUGGGUGAUUUUAAUAUUGAUGUUUUAAAUUGUCAUAGGGGUGUUUUGCAGUAUUUGUAUGAUAAGCUUAACUGUAAAUUACAUCUUAAUGAACCUACAACUGAUAAUCUAUCAGCAUUAGACUUGAUAAUAACAAAUAUUGAUGCCACUGUGGGUACAGUAGAAACUUACUGGUCAGAUCACAAAAUUAUCUACUGUUGUACAGAAAGAAUCUCUACACAAUAAAAUAUGGUGCUAACCCAAAAAACAGCCAUUGCUUUACUUACCAGCUCUUCUUAAAAAUUUCACCAUUUUACAGAUUUCUCUUUCAGAUAUCUUUGUCACUCAGACUGUAUUCAACCUAACACUGUAAUUUCAAGUCUUCGUAUAAAUAAUAAAAAAAAAUGUUGAUUUACUUGUAGUCUUUGUCAUUGUCUUACACUUGUACACAGUGACAUUGGUCACAAAAUAUUGUGACAUAGAUUAUUAUGAUGUUAUUGACGCAUUUAACCAUUUGUCAACAUAUUAUGUCAACAAAAACUAGUGCAGAUUUCAAACUAAGUUAAAUAGGUUCAGAAACUAAGUCACCCGAUCAGAGCUUUGGGAAACCUUUGUAAAACUGAGAUCACCUUUUACCCAGUUUAAUUGAAAGCCUUCACAAACUCUAAAAUACAGCCAUUCACCCAUGCCUCAGGUGAGCGACCCAGGGC